AUGUCGGCACUGUCUCGCAUCCCGGGCGUCGCCUCCCUCGCCUCCUUCGUCGCAGUGACAUUCUCCCUCCACUCCAACCCCACCCUGCGCAAAUACAACGACUUACUCGCCCACGCCUUCUACCAUCAUGGCAGAGUCUGUGCCUCCAACCAGGCCACCGUCAUGGUCCUUGUCAUCGUCUUUGUCGGCAUGAUUGCCUACCCGGGAAUCGUCACCUCCUACAACUCCUCCGCAUAUGCACGCCACCGAUCUGCAACAGUCGCCACCACUGAGUACGACAUCACUCUCUCAGACAGUUUCACUGCUCGCCACCACGAGGCAAACCUCGACACCUUCUGGGCAAAGUCAGUCGUCACCCCAACAUGGAGUCAGGACCCCAGAGCCUUCGGUAGGAGUCUCCCUUCUCCUGAUCCCCUCCACUACCUCGCCCCAGUCAUCAUCAACGCGACCGAUCUUCAUCCCUUUCAACACUACACAAACGGCGCCUUGGACUUGGAAGACCACAGCUUUGCAGAACAAGACCCGACAAACACGCCUUGGUCUGAGGCGGACCUGUUUGCCUUUACUACAAAGAUCCAGGAGCGGAUACAGAACAUCGCCGUUCAAUACCCACCUCAGGAAGACGAUAAAUCGGGUCGUCGUCAGCCAACAGCGCUACCUCGACCUGUUACUUUGAGAGAUAUCUGUCUACUGGACCCAAUAGCAUCUUCAAGCCAUGCAGAGGACGAGAAUUCUACCGUAGAACAGCCGCAGGACAUUGGACGGAAGUGUCUUGUACACUCACCAUUGAUUUACCGGGACGAUGAUCCCGCCCAUGUAGGCUCCGACAUUGACCUCAACGGUACCCUGGAACAGUACCGGCACAAGUCGUCCUCGAACUCGCUAUUCGGAGGAUUGUCACUUGACAGGGGUCUGUCACCAGACCAUCGAUCUCUCUCCUUGGUCAUUACAUUUUUCCUGCGAGGAGACUUGGGCGUACAAGCACCUGCUGGCACUUAUGAUGACCCCUCGACAACGGACAAGACGAGCGCAGGCAGGACACUCCAUGACCCAUUGGACGUCCGCCAAAUCUGGCGCCUCAUCUUCAAGCAACUCCAAAUCGAACUCCAAGCGGAACGGGCCAAGAAAGCUCAAGCCCGCCUUCUCUAUCACACCCCAACAACAUCCGAGAACGACAACAGCAUCCUUUCCGCAGUGGAAGGGACAGAAGAACAGGAAGAACAAGACGCCGACAAUGAUAUCUUGGAUGUACCAUCAAGCGGGAAUUCUAUUCCCGAUCCACUUUCUCAAUUUCUUGUCAGAGCUCUCCCUGUGCAAGAAACCGGUCAGAGCGGAUCGCGCCGACUUAUCUCUGAUGAACACGCCCAGCCUCGUACCAAUAUUUCGGCUGAAUAUUGGCUGCUGGGAAUGGCUUACUUUGUGAUGUUUCUCUAUAUCUCCCUCUCUGUCGGUCGUGUGGAUUUGGUCAAGUCCAAGUAUGGUCUUGGCAUUGCUGCUGUCGCCACCGUCUUUGUUUCGCUCCUCAUGUCGAUCGGUCUUUGUUCGGUGUUUGGAGUAACGUUGACCCUGAUGCCAUGGGAAAUCUUGCCGUUCAUGAUUAUUGUCGUUGGUGUCGAAAAUAUCAACAUCUUGGUUCAUGCUGUCGUGGAAACAUCGAUGGACUUGCCAGUCAGGGAGCGCGUAGGACGUGGAUUGGGCACAGUUGGAGUCUCUAUCACAAUGACCCUCGUUGCCGAACUCUGCCUGUUGACCAUUGGUGCCAUGACGACGAUCCCUGCAGUGCAAGAAUUCUGUACGUUCGCCAUUGCCGCUGUCAUCAUGGAUUAUCUCCUACAAAUGACCUUUUUCAUUACCGUCAUUUCGAUCGAUAUCCGUCGUUUGGAGCUGUCAGAUCUGGGACGGCCUGCUGCACCAUACUCGCGUUAUCCCUUUGGCUCUCGCCACUCUGCCACCAAGUCAGGUCUCUUCCCUGGCGAUAACGAGAUGGCGGCACGUUUCAGUGGGAUUCAUACGACAAACGGGAUGUCUAUGCACGAUGGAAACGACAGCAAACACCGCAGGAAAGACAGCACUGAAUCGUUCCAUAGUAACGAGGACUCGCGUUCGCACGACAAGCCCGGCAACAAAAACCGGAAAGGACGCAUUUUCACGUCCAUUAUUAUGGUGGGAGUGAUGGCGUACCUUGGAUACAUUUACGGGACCACAAACCAGUCGACACCAACAGUGGCAGUUACAGAGUCGUACUGGCGCAUCAUCCCUUCCGAGGCCUCAACGGAGUUUUGGGCGAUGAUCGAUCCAGAGCGACAAGGAGGAUAUGUGGAGAUUGAGUCGCCUGCGGUGUUGGCACUAUGGAGACCACUGAAUGGAACACACGAUAUCCCGUGUGACACCAAGACUGACGUCUUUGAACUCGACAACUGCGACAGUCAGCAGGAUGCGUCUGAGGAGGCGCAUGCUGGAUCGAAGCAGGAUUCAGAGAGCUCUCAAACGCACACCGACCAAUUGUAUUCACGUCGACCUUUCAAGUUCCUUUGGGAGACCUUGGUUUUCGUCUGCCUGUUCGCGUACUGGCUUGUCCGCGUUUUUGUCAUUCCGUCGAUCAUUUUGGCCGCAUCCAUCCUUCUAUUGUUGUCGUACCUUUUGAGUCCACAACGUAAAUUACUGGUCGAUCUCCAAUGGAGUUUCCCAUUUAUUGUACUGCCGGGAGAUUACCAGUCGAAACGGAAACUCAUGAUGGAAGAGCUUUUGGCGCAAGAAGCAAGAGAGCUCGGACAGGAUCCAGGAGCAUGCUCACCUCUCCCAGGAUCAGUGGAAACGUUGUACCAGCGAGGCCACAAGACCGAUAUCGACCAGAUGGAUGUUUCACCAGAUCAGGGGCUCAUCCUGACUUCCAGCAUGGAUGGCUCUAUUCUUUUGUGGAGUGGCGUUGCAGGACAUGGACAAGAGAUACCUCUUGCGAAACUGGAGGAGGGAGCGUCCGUGAAGAUGUCGCCAACAAACAAAAAUAUACCCUCCGUGCGAGUGACCGCUGCAUUCACCACACCAGUCAAGAACCCACGAUCCAAGGUCGGAUCUCUCAAGUGCCUAAAACUCGAUUCCUCUGGCACCUUUGCAGCGGGCGGUUACGCAGAUGGUGCUGUUCAUGUGUGGAAUGUUGAACAGGUCGCUCAUGGGUACGGCGGGCAUGGAAUGGGCCGAGUACCGUCCUUAAAGUCGACGUAUGGCAUGGUCCGGGGCCCCAGCGCAACAAUCGACCAAGCUAAGCUGAGAGUAGGCAGUAUUUUUUUUUGGGAGCCUGUUUCACGACCGGAAGCAGGAUCGUUCUUGGGCGAGGGUCUUUCGUUGAUGGCUGGCUAUCGCGACGGUCAAAUCUGGCAGUGGAACCCUGUCAGCGGUGAAGGACAGUGUGUAGCUGAAACCAGGCAUCGAGGCGGUAUUGCAGAACUGGCGAUGGUGGAGCUCGACCCUAAGACGAGACAGGACCUCGGGUUGACGCAGAGGACAUACAUGGUCGCGGCAGGAAAAGAUGGAGGAAUCCAGUGUUGGAGCGCCUCUCGCCGGCCGAAUGGCUCGCUCGAUACUUGGUCCAUGCUCUGGGGUCAUGCUGGUCAGGCCGCUGGAGGUAGUGUGUCGGUACUGUCACUCGAUGCCGAGGUACCUAUGGUUGCCGUGGGAUACUCUACCGGCGCCAUCAAGGUCUGGGAUCUGGAACAUGGAAACCUCGUCUGGACACUCUCCCGUGGGUCGACAGUGCCAGGAGCAUCUGCUCUGAUCGGACCGUCCAAGCAGCAUCUUGACAGGAGAUUUUCUCAAGGAGAGCCCGACAACCACCAGCCGUCUCACCAGGGCUCAAUUACCAAGCUUUGCUUCCAUGCGUUGGAACUCGAGGAUGGGCUGACCGGAGAGCCUGCUCCGCGGGUUUGGUUGGUGCUCUCGAGCGGAGUGGAUGAGGCUGUGAUGGUAUGGAUGGUAGAAUGGGAGGGCUUAAUGGCCUUGCCAACACCCCUAGGUCAACCGACACCACUUGGCCAUCCAACUCAAAACGGCCACGAGUACUUUGCAGGCUACGACGGAAGCAACCACGGUCAGUCUCAGGAUCGGUUAAGAUCCAACGGCUCUCGGGACUGGAAGACUAACCAAGGCAACACCGCAGGACACCUGGAUAUCUUGGGCAUGCUAAGUUCGUCUUUACCUGCGCCAAGACUGGUGGGCUUUAUGAAGCAGCGAGGUGGCCGGUGCAUGACGGUCAGCAACUCGCGUCUCUAUGGUGUUCGCCGUACGGAAUCCACUACGGCACAUACAGCUCAACUCAACACACCUCCCAAGCAAUCCCAUGCUUCGAUAGCGGAGACACCAGGACCUGUCGCUAACAUCAUUAGGAGUAGGAGGAAGAGCGAGGGCCAUGUAUUGUCAUCUACGGUGUCUGGUCAGGACAGACAAACAGCAUCCGGCAGUCACCCGACAAAGCGAGGAUGGGAGCUCUGGGAGGCAGACCUUUACCAGUGCAUCUUCAAGACCCCGGGCGUUUGGAGUUUGGACCUGACAAUCCGAGCCAUCAACCUACAACCUCCUCUCCAGAGACGUCCUUCGCUCCCAGCUCGACCCCACCCUGACUCGACCCGGAGGCCGUCGAUGGCAACAGAUGUGUUCAACUCAGGCAUGCCAGGAACCAUCACCGUUUCCUCCAAUGGGUCCGGGAUCGCCACACAAGUUGUGCUUAAUCAGCACCACGGAUUUCAGGCAGGUUUGGAUAUGGAGUAUGGCCAGCAGGACGGCAACAGUGCUCAGACUCGCCCAAAGAUCCAGCGUCGACCCGGAUCAUUCACAAGCCAAGGAGGCCAGCAAGGAUACGUUUUCACCACUGGACUCGCGCGCCUGCCACCGUCCGGGCAACAACCCGAGUAUGGUCAGUCACUGCAUCCGGCAAUGUCAGGCGUUGGCGGGUCGGAUGACAGCUGGGGUAGCUUCAGAGCUGGAGGAGCCGCGGAUGACGAGGAUUCAGAGUCGAUGUUGUUGCCAUUUGUGGAGACUAGGCUGAUCCACGCGAUCUUGCGAGGACCUUCGUCGCGUGAGGCCGAGAUGGAGACUUGGGAUCCUAUGGAUUCGGCUAAGGGACCCGAGUUGAAGGAUAUUGUGAUUGGUUUCGGCAAUUACGUCAAGAUUGUUCGUCUCAUGGACGAGGACGAGGAGAUCCUGGCUGGAGACCUGUAA